GAUACAGAUGAAAUUGAAACAGUUUCCUCACCCAUUCUCUGCGCCUCCAGUCAGUCCACCGGCGACAUCACCGGCACGCAGAGCCGCCGCCGCCAUCUCCUCCUCUUCUUCUUUCUUCUUUCUCUUCUUUUCUUUCUUUCCUUCUUCUUUCUCUUCUGCGUUUCUGCUACUGGCGAGAGACAGCCACAACGAACCGCGACUCCACCAGGCCAGGACGGAUCUUCAUCGCGGCGCCGCGCCGUCACCACUGCCGCUCGAUCUCUCUCCCUUGCGUUCAUCCUCAGGAAACUCAGUGGCUCCGCCGGUGAUCCUCUGGCAGAUUGCGUCGCGCCAUCCAAGUUGGAAGAGAGAGAGCGUGAAAGAAGAGGCAUAAAAUGAACCCAUUGACGCUGGUGAAGCGAAUACAGAACAUAAAUUCGAGAGAAGCAGAGUUAGGGAUAACAGAUGAGGCAUCAUGGCACGCCAAAUACAAAGAUUCUGCUUACAUUUUUGUCGGUGGCAUUCCUUUCGACCUAACUGAAGGCGAUUUACUAGCCGUCUUUUCUCAAUAUGGGGAGAUUGUUGAUGUUAAUCUAGUUAGAGACAAGGGCACUGGUAAAUCAAAAGGGUUUGCAUUUAUUGCAUAUGAGGAUCAAAGAAGUACAAAUCUUGCUGUAGAUAAUCUGAAUGGAGCACAGGUUGCUGGUCGGAUUGUAAGGGUUGAUCAUGUUAGUAACUACAAGAAGAAAGAAGAGGAGGAUGAAGAAACAGAACGUCAGAAGAGAGAAGCCAGAGGUGUGUGCCGUGCCUUCCAAAGAGGUGAAUGCACUCGGGGAGCUAGCUGCAAAUUUUCCCAUGAUGAGCAAAGAGCUGCAAACACAGGAUGGGGUCCUCAGGAUAAUAGCCUAAGAUUUGGACAUGACAAGUUUGAGGGUCCAAAGAGGAGUGAUAAAAGAUCUAUCAAUGAAAGGCCCUCGGAGAUCCACCUUAAACAAAGCGAUAGGAGGGAUGGCAAUGGAUUAAGAUGGCAUGAUGAUAAUGAGUUUGAGCGAAAGCCAAGAGAAGAUCAUCAUUGGAGAGAUGGGAAGAGAGCAAGAAGGCAUGGAGAUGAUGAAUUUGAGCAAAAGCCAAAGGAAGGUUAUUAUAGGAGAGAUGAGAAGAGAUCGAGAAGGCAUGAAAACAAUGAAUCUGAGCCAAAAUCAAGAGAAGAUUAUCCAAGGAGCAGUGAAAACAGAUCAAUAAGGCGUGAAGACGGUGAAUUUGAGCCAAAGUCAAGAGAAGAUGAUUAUAAGAGGGAUGAAAGAAGAUUGAGAAGGCAUGAUGGUGAUGGAUUGGAGCAAAGGUCAAGAGACGAUGAUGAUAGGAGGGAGGACAAGAGAUUAAAGAGGCAUGAAUCGGAAUCCCAUCUUAGAGAAGACUGGGAUAGAAGAGCAGGGGACAAGCGACCUGUCCAUGGUAGGGAUUCUUCCUCCAGUCGUCAUAAAGGAACAGAUGAUCACAGGCGUAAAUCAGAGAGAUGAGAAUCCCUGAGGAGCACCAUUUCAGGCUUACCAAUAUGCAACGGGAUUAUUCCAAGAGCAAUGACUUAUUAUUCUUGUAGCUGUAUAAGGUCUAUCUGUACUUUGCUUAGCUUGUAAAUUUUGACAUUGGGGUAUCUACAAUGUUGCAGCAUAAUUCAGCAGGACAUCUGAUGAUAUGUUUGCCAUUCAAAAUCAUUGAAUUCUCAGAGUAGUUGAUUCUUUUUUGGAAAAGGGCUGGAGAGGGGGGAGGGACACUUUGAUGCGGCUGAAAUGUCUGAGGGAAAAUUUUAAUUGCGAGACUUUAUAUUGAGAUGAGAUAAUAUUCUUCAGUUUCAUAUCCCAAGUUUUCUUUUCAUUAGAUAUAAAAUGUGUAAAAUGUUUGGUUGCCUC